AUGAAAGAAAGAGAAUUAGAAACAGUAGAAGACUUAGAAAAGAUAGCAAAUAGAACUAAUUCAUUUAAUUAUUUCAAAGACACAAAAACUGAAUCAACUUUAUCAAGAGCAUUACCAAAGUGUUAUACAGAAUUUAAUUUUGACAACAUAAAGUUUAAUUCAUUAAAUGAACAGACCCUCUUUUAUAUAUUUUAUGCCAUUCCUAACAGUCAAAUUCAAAUUGAUGCUUUUAAUGAGCUAAUAAAUCGUGAUUUUUACUACUCAAAAACAUUAGAAAUGUUUUGUUAUUUAAAAAAUCCUCAAGCUGAUUAUUCAAAUAAAAGUAUUGAAGUGUUUAAUCCCAUUAAAUGGGAAAAAGAAACUAAAACUAUUCUAUUUGAUUCUAAGUUUAUUGAUAAUUUAACUAACGAAAAGUAUAAAUAA